AAGACUUCCUUGAAGUCGCUGUCAGCACGUAAAAUUAGCUGUAAAAAAUAUUGUAUUAAAUUAAGAAAAUGUGCGCUUCUGUGACGCGCACGUUCAUCAAGAAGGAGGAUGCUGGUACAGCUGCUCUGCGUGAACGGACUUAUGACUACUUGUACGAUCCGGUCCACACACUGUCAUCGGAGGCAGACCACACCAGGGCCAGUUUCAAGGCCUGUGCGUCAAGGUCUCGAGUAAGGAAAAUACCGGAUUUUGCAUCCAUGUUUAGUGACAACCCACGCUAUACUGUUAAACUGGACCCUGCAGUCCCACAACUGGCCUUUACUGAUCUUCAGUGGCGAGGCCACAGAGAACAGCGUAAAGAGGCCCUGCAGCAACUCGCUGGGAUUACUCCAACAUGGCUGAAAAGGGAGGAGUGCAAUGUGACUGGAGCUGAUUACUGCAAAUACUUUAAACGCCCUCUGAUUCACUUUGCUCAGCAGAUACCUCCAAGUGUGGUUUAUGCUUUACCAAGAGAAGACUUUGAAACCUCUGAUAAAAGUAAUGCUGAGCAACAACCCACCCACUUCACUGUUGGGGUCCAGACAGACUACAGGGAAAGUGAAGCACAGACAGACCCAUACAGCCCCGAGUACGUGAUUCAACCUGGGACUACUCCCUCUGAGCUCCUGCAGAUGGCAGCUCUGACUUGGGGUCACGGUCUGCCCGCAGGCCUAGCUGAAGUGGAGAUGAUAGAGCGGGCACGUGCCAAACGAGCUUGGGAGGCCAGCCUUCCUCCACUGAGUGAUCUGAGCCAGCUCGACAAGAGGAGGCACAUGAUGGAGGAGAUGGAGGCCAAAGAGUGGGCUUUUAGAGAAGGAGAAAUUGAGAAGCUGCAAGAGGCUCGUUUAGCGGUGCUGAAUGACCUUCUGAGGCAGAGAGAUGAGGCUCAGAAAGACGCAACAAAUGCCAGACUGAACCAGAUAUAUUCUAAGCUCCAAGAAGACAAGAAGACCAAGCAAAACAAAAGACGCACUGACUACGAGAGGUCACUGAGAAAAUUAGAAGCUAAGAGGAAAAAUGAGGAGCGGAAGCUAGAGCGGUUUGCCAUAGCUUCUCACACAUAUGUCCCCAGGAUCCGCAGGGACAUUUUUCCCAUCAGGAACAUCAACAGCAAGCUGUUAACAAGCUGCUACUUAGACACAUAUGAAGGCUUGCAAGAGCUAGAACUGCAACUCAGUGCUUCAGUCCUGAAGCCAGAAGUGAAAAAAACAAAAUCCAAACUCAUCAAGGAUAUAAUGAAGCCUCCUGACAGCAGAGCUGUGCAGCUGGUGAAGAAAUACAAGGCCCUGAAGGAGGAGCAGGACAUGAAGAAAGCUGUGAAGGCUUCACAUUUUCUUCUCAGAAAGGAGAAGCCCAUUCCUCAUCCUCCCACUCCCACAGUGGAAGAGCGUCCAGAGGGGGAAGAGGAGAAAGAACUUGCAGUAAUCUUCUUGCAGAAACUACUGCGAGGAAGAAGAAUCCAAUAUGAGAUGGUUAAGGGCAAGGAGGAACAUCGGGACCUCAUCCAGGAACUGAGGACUGUCCACGCUCUGAAGAGGGAAGAGCAGGAGCAACAAAAGGCUAACAAAGGGCACAUAAUGAUGCUGAAAAAACAAAGAGACAAACAUGGACUCAAGGAAGCGUCUCAAGCUGGAGUGGUAGGUGCAGAACUAGAACAGGUGUUUGACACAUUGUCCAAGGAGCUGAUUCAUCUCCAGGAGGAGCGCAAGGUCCACGCCUUUACACUGCUGGCUGAGCGAGACCGUCGCCUGCGAGAGGCUGAGGAGAGUGGAAGGAGGCAGGUGGAAGAACGCAAACGAAUAAAGGAGGACGAGAUCUUCAGACAAGUGGUGCAGGUUCAUCAGGAGACUGUGGACUUGUAUUUAGAAGACAUCAUCUUGGGGAGCAGUGAGCACAUAGCUGACCAGCAAACCCGGGAGGAGAUCCACAAGAGGGCAAAGGAGCUCAACGACAUUGCUUAUGCCAUUGAGGAAAGCCGGGAUAAUCUUCAAUCAGAGGAGAUUGUGUCAGAGCUGGUGUACAGCUUCCUUAUCCCAGAGGUGAAGAAGAUCGAUGUCAGGCGAAGAGUGCACCAGAAGCAGCAUAGACACUUGCAAGCAGCUCGGAGCAUCAUUCAAGGGACUCCACACCCCUCUGAGCUCCUCAGCACUCCAGAAGCCUCAAAAUGUACCUGUCCUGGUAUAAAAGCCUCCAGUCACGUCAUGGAAGAGAUGAUGAGCCAAGUGGAGCAGGGGAAUGAAGCAGAGCAGCAUGAAGCUCAAACUGAGUAUAAAGAAGAUUGAAAUAUUUAGUGCACUGCAUUGCAAUAUAAUGUUUAAAAUCGUUGUAUAUGUUAUUAAAAUAAAGGUUUCAUUAUCAUUA